AGAUCAUACACUAUACUUUAUUACCAUACUUUGUCUCAAUGCAAUGCAUGUCCAGCAUUGUAACUGGUAAAAGGAAGAUUGCGUCAACUUUGUAACAGACUGCCAUGGCUAGAAGGGAUACAGCUUUUGUCAAAUUCAUGUUUUUUUUCUUUUGCAUUUCAGCAAACCCUUUUCCAAACCUUAUCCAAAUUCUCCUAACCUGCUAUGAAAAGUAAAUUCUCACGUUCAUUUCACAAAAGCUGUUUCUCUUCUAGCCCUGUAACUUUUUGGGUCUCAAUUUAAGGUUAGGCACAAAGUUAAUAGCAACUGUGGUUACGGUUGGGUUUAAAAUCAGAUAAAUGGGUGGGGUUUAGCCAUGAUUAUGACUUUGUGGCUGUAUUAACUAGCGACGACCCUGGAUCAACCUAGAGAAACAUCGAGAGGUGAAGCCUGCAUAGCAACUGUGAAGUACGAUUUUCAAUUGGCGCAUUAAUCGAAGUGGGUGCGGCUUUACUACAUAUCACGAAGAAUAUAUAUUUUGCUUUCUUCAGACACCGGCUGCAAAGUCUGUUUUGUUUGUCGCAGUUUUAUAUUUUUUCAGCCUUGGAAAGAAAUCAUGAAAACUGUUUUGUCCGUGAUCGCUUUCUGCGUCUUCCUGGGGUUCAUAAACGCAAAAGAAUCUCCCCCCAAGGUGCAGGUGUACAGCCGUAACCCAGGGCAACAUGGGAAGGACAACACCCUGAUCUGUCACGUGAGUGGCUUCCACCCCCCUGACAUCAGCAUCCAGCUCCUGAAGAACGGUGUGGAGAUCCCCGACGCCAAGCAGACAGACCUGGCCUUCGAACAGGGAUGGCAGUUCCACCUCACCAAGAGUGUUGGAUUCACACCAGCCAGCGGAGAGGAGUACACCUGCAGAGUCCGUCACCUGAAGAAUCUGAAGACCUACACCUGGGAGGCAGAUAUGUAAGGAUCUGGAACAGGACAUAAUGGGGGCCAUUCCAUCUGUGACCAGCCCUACACUAGAGCUGAGAUGACUGUAAUUUUCCCUGCUCAACAUGGGCUUUCAUUUUCAUUUUUGAUAACACUUUGUGCCAAGGUGCCAGUUUCAAGGGUUUCGAGUUUUAGAGAAUCAUUACUAAAUACUUAAAUGAUUACAGAUGUGUGGGUGACCUCUUCUAGAAAAUCUGCCAGUACUUCUGGCUGAGAAUUCAAUGUGUGGGUGACCUCUUCUAGAAAAUCUGCCAGUACUUCUGGCUGAGAAUUCAAUGUGUGGGUGACCUCUUCUAGAAAAUCUGUCUGUAUUUCUGGCUGAGAAUUCAAUGUGUGGCUGACCUCUUCUAGAAAAUCUGCCAGUACUUCUAGCUGAGAAUCCAAUGUGUGGGUGACCUCUUCUAGAAAAUCUGCCAGUACUUCUAGCUGAGAAUCCAAUGUGUGGGUGACCUCUUCUAGAAAAUCUGCCAGUACUUCUGGCUGAGAAUUCAAUGUGUGGGUGACCACUUCUAGAAAAUCUGUCUGUAUUUCUGGCUGAGAAUUCAAUGUGUGGCUGACCUCUUCUAGAAAAUCUGCCAGUACUUCUAGCUGAGAAUCCAAUGUGUGGGUGACCUCUUCUAGAAAAUCUGCCAGUACUUCUAGCUGAGAAUCCAAUGUGUGGGUGACCUCUUCUAGAAAAUCUGCCAGUACUUCUGGCUGAGAAUUCAAUGUGUGGGUGACCACUUCUAGAAAAUCUGUCUGUACUUCUGGCUGAGAAUUCAAUGUGUGGGUGACCUCUUCUAGAAAAUCUGCCAGUACUUCUAGCUGAGAAUCCAAUGUGUGGGUGACCUCUUCUAGAAAAUCUGCCAGUACUUCUAGCUGAGAAUCCAAUGUGUGGGUGACCUCUUCUAGAAAAUCUGCCAGUACUUCUAGCUGAGAAUCCAAUGUGUGGGUGACCUCUUCUAGAAAAUCUGCCAGUACUUCUGGCUGAGAAUUCAAUGUGUGGGUGACCACUUCUAGAAAAUCUGUCUGUAUUUCUGGCUGAGAAUUCAAUGUGUGGCUGACCUCUUCUAGAAAAUCUGCCAGUACUUCUAGCUGAGAAUCCAAUGUGUGGGUGACCUCUUCUAGAAAAUCUGCCAGUACUUCUAGCUGAGAAUCCAAUGUGUGGGUGACCUCUUCUAGAAAAUCUGCCAGUACUUCUGGCUGAGAAUUCAAUGUGUGGGUGACCACUUCUAGAAAAUCUGUCUGUACUUCUGGCUGAGAAUUCAAUGUGUGGGUGACCUCUUCUAGAAAAUCUGCCAGUACUUCUAGCUGAGAAUCCAAUGUGUGGGUGACCUCUUCUAGAAAAUCUGCCAGUACUUCUAGCUGAGAAUCCAAUGUGUGGGUGACCUCUUCUAGAAAAUCUGCCAGUACUUCUAGCUGAGAAUCCAAUGUGUGGGUGACCACUUCUAGAAAAUCUGCCAGUACUUCUAGCUGAGAAUCCAAUGUGUGGGUGACCUCUUCUAGAAAAUCCGCUGGUAUUUCUGGCUGUGCAUCACAUUCUCUUCUUUAAAAACACUAAUUAAUGAUUGAUCGAGUAUUUUCAUUAUAUUUUAGAUGUGUGGGGACUCCUUUAAUAUCCUUGAAGUUGGUACCAUUAAGUUGUGAGCACUACUUUUUUAAACAUAAUUUUAAACACCUAUGUUGAUGUGGUUUUAGUUACAAGCACAAAUCGUCAACAAUGUAAAAUUUGAUAAAAAAUAUAUUUAAAAGCCCAAAUAAUUUGCAGAACAUCCAUUGUUGUAUUUGCUUGUAAACUAGACAUGUCCUUUUUGCUUUGGAGUCAUUUUUUUCAUCAACACCAUGAAAUCAAAUCUUAUAUCCUUCAAUGUUUCUGUAAAUUACCAGUUAUCAACAGUCUAAUAAAAUAGUCGUUUUUUGUUGAUAAUUAGA